CUGAAUUGAUCCUGAGCUGAUCUUGAGACUUGAGGAGAUUGGAGUCCUCGCAACGGACUGAAAUAUAGGCUUCAAGUUCUCCCUCCAUGUCGGGUUUUGCUCACUUCUGCUGUCAACUUGUGCUUAUAAGCUCUCUUUUUGGAACUCCAGUCUCAAAGUCCAGCAUGGCAGAGUCUCGCUAUUUUCCAAAUCCGUAUCCACCCACUCUUCAAGGGGAGAGAGCAAAGAUCUUAGAUGAUAGUAAGAAUCAGCUUUCUGAAGAAUACAUAGCAAAUUCAAAAAGGACCGUUCAGAAUCUCCUGAAGGUACUGGAUGCCGAAGAGAAAAGAAGCUUAGACUGGGGUGAUGUCUCUGUGUAUACAGGAGUGUGUGGUUAUGUUCUUCUUUAUAUCCAUCUUUCAGAUGUACUGGAAGAUGAUAGUUACAUACAGAAAGCUUUGCCUCUCAUUGAAAAGGCGAUCACAAAAAUAAAGGGGCGGCGAGUGUCUUUUGUCUGUGGUGAUCCAGGACCUUUAACCCUUGGCGCUAUUCUGUAUCAUCGGUUGAAUAUGAAAUCACAGGUUCCAGCUUGCAUUGAAGGUGUCAAGAAGAUGAAAAGAGACAUACUCAAUCCAAAGUCAGAUGUACCAGAUGAAAUUCUGUAUGGGAGAGCAGGUUACCUUUAUGCACUCCUUCUUAUUCAGAAGGAGAUUGGAAAGGCUGAAAUAGAUGACACACUUGUAAGGUCUGUGGUAUCAGCAAUUUUAGAUUCUGGCCGAGCUCUUGCUCUCAAAGAAAGAAGGUCUGUUCCUCUGAUGUACCAAUGGCAUGAGAAGCACUAUAUUGGAGCAGCUCAUGGCAUAAUAGGAAUUCUCUUCAUGCUCUUACAGGCAAAGGAACACCUCACAUCUGCAGAGCUGCAUGAACUGGUGAAACCGACAAUUGAUUACAUUGCUAAGCUACAGUUUCCCUCAGGCAAUUUACCAUCAUCUCUCAGCAAUGAAUCUGAUCGACUUAUACAUUGGUGCCAUGGAGCUCCUGGAGCUGUAUUUCUUUUUGCAAAAGCUUAUCAGGUUUUCAAUGAAAAAAGUUACUUAGAACAUGCUCUGAAAGCUGGUGAAAGUAUUUGGGAAAGAGGACUGUUAAAGAAAGGUUAUGGUCUGUGUCAUGGUUCAUCAGGAAACGGUUAUGCAUUACUGUACCUCUACCAGGUAACAGGAGAUUCUGAAAUGUUAUAUAGAGCAGCACAGUUCGGACGUUGGUGUCAAGAUUAUGGAAAGCAUGGCUGCCGCACACCAGAUAGACCUAUGUCCUUGUUUGAGGGCCUGGCUGGUAAUAUUCACUUCUUGGCCGAUAUUGCAAAUCCCAAAAAUGCAAAGUUUCCUGCUUUUGUUUUGUAAGAUAACAAUGAGCUCAAAGGUUCCCAGUUAUAUCAUCCCUUUUGUGCUUUCAGAGGUAUGGAUGUCUGUGAAAUUUAUAUCUUCUUAUAUGUGUAAAUCUGUAAGAUAUAUAGAUAUUGGUCUUAAGGAUGUACCAUUACUAAUGGUAAAACAUUGAAACAUUGUACAGUUUUAUGUUUUGAAAGUAAUUUGUCUGUCUCAGUGUUGAUUGUUAAAUCCUUUUUAUAUAGAUAGGCUAUUUGGCAACUCUCCAGUAGUUAUGAAAUGUACACCCAAUUUAGUUUCUGUAUGGAGAACAUUUAAAAGAUUAAGGUUUUCUAAUGAGUUAUUGAGUCUCAUUAAUCAAUUAAACAUUUUUAUGCCCUUUCAUUUUUACAUAGGGGACCUGAGAAAUAUUUACAUUGAGGCUGAAAUUAUUAGAUAUUCUUUUUUUCUUUCUUUCUCUCUCUUUCUUUCCAUCACAUUAAUUACCAAAUGGCAUGGUCCCAUUUGCAAUAGGUCAUGCAUUUAUUACCUUCCAUAAACAUAAAAAUACACUUUUAUUAUAUAUGGAUAAAAAUAAUGCAAAUGUGUUGUUUAGCAUUUAUACUGUUUGUUACAGAGUAUAGAAUGAAAGGACAAUGCCUGACAUUCAGUUAUAAAAGUGUACUGAAAUAUGUCAAUUCAUAACAAUUCU